AUGCGCUCAGGAGCUUGUACUGUACAACAGACACUCACAACAGAGGCUGCUUCUGUUUUGAAGCACUCUCUUAGCCUAGCAAGGAGGAGAGGCCAUGCUCAGGUCACUCCCCUUCAUGUGGCUGCAACUCUUCUUAUGAGCUCAAGAGCCAGUAUUCUAAGAAGAGCUUGCCUCAAAUCACAAAACAAUUCUUCAUCUUCUUCUCAAAAUCCUCUUAUAAACCCUACUAACCCACCUCUCCAUUGUAGGGCACUUGAGCUUUGUUUCAAUGUGGCACUCAACAGGUUGCCCACAACCCCUGGACCACUCCUACAUGGCCAACCUUCACUUUCCAAUGCUCUCAUUGCUGCACUCAAGAGAGCUCAAGCUCAUCAGAGAAGGGGGUGUAUUGAGAACCAACAGACUCAUCAAAGUCAGCAGCAGUGCCACCAACAACAGCAGCCCCCAUUGUUGGCUAUUAAAGUGGAGCUUGAGCAGCUUAUUCUGUCUAUUCUUGAUGACCCAAGUGUUAGUAGGGUUAUGAGAGAAGCUGGUUUCUCAAGCACUGCUGUGAAAAGUAACUUGGAAGAUUUUUCUUCAAACUCUUUAACAUCUGCACCAAGAGUAUUCUUUAGCAGCUCUGGUGGUGGUGUUUACUCAUCUCCUUCCUCACCAAACUCUGAUCACCAAUACCAUCAUCAGAACCCUACUUUCUGGCAAACCCAUUUCUUGAAUCACUCUCCUGAUCAAAACCCAGUUUUCAUUUCUCCUUCCAAGAAAACCCCAUCUCCAGAUCAAUCCGAUCAUUCUUUGAAGAAAGACGUGAGCUUGGUUGUGGAGGUUUUGCUAGGAAAAAAGAAAAGAAAAAACGCAGUGAUCGUUGGAGAUUCUUUAUCGUUAACAGAAGGCGUAGUCAUUGAGCUUAUGGGGCAAGUAGAAAGAGGAGAUGUCCCAGAUGAAUUAAGAUGUGCUCAUUUCAUUAAGUUUCAGUUCUCAUCAGUGCCAUUGAGGUUCAUGAAGAGGGAAGAAGUGGAGAUGAAUUUAGCCGAUUUAAGAAGAAAAGUGGAAUCUCUUUCGUCAACAGGUGGAGUUAUCAUAUAUGCAGGUGACUUGAAAUGGACAGUUGAUGAGAAAGAAAACAUUGGGGGAGUGAUUGGCUUAUACAGUCCAAUUGAUCAUCUUGUUGUUGAAAUUGGGAGGUUGGUUUCACAGUAUAAUGUCACUAACAAAGUCUGGUUAAUUGGGACUGCAAAUUAUCAGACAUUCAUGAAGUGCAAGAUGAAAAAGCUUUCUCUUGAGCUUCAGUGGAGUCUUCAAGCUGUUUCUGUUCCUUCUGGUGGACUUGGGUUGAGUCUCAAUGCUGCUGCUGCUACUACUACCAGCUGUGGCAAUGAAUCAAGGGUAAAUUUGUCAAACAACACAAGAACCGAUGAAAUGGUGGAUAGGAAGCCAUUGAUAAGCAGCAAAGAAGAAGGUGAUGAAGAUGAUAUGGUCGUGAUGAAUUGUUGUGGAGAAUGCAACUUCAAUUAUGAAAAGGAAGCUGCUGCUGCUGCCGCCACUGCGACCGCCACCGCUAAGCCCUCCACCGUCUUACCCUUUUGGCUGCACCCAUCCACACCCAUUUCGUCCACCCUUCACAAGGAAAACUUAAUGGAGCUGAGGAGGAAGUGGAACAAAUUAUGCCAAAGUUUACACCAAGGAAGGCACAAUCUGAACAACAAUUACAUGAAUUCGUCACCAUUAAUAACCAACGACAAUCAAGGAUUGACUGGAAAAAGUUACUCCUACAACUCAUCGUGCUAUCCGUUUUGGCCAAACAACAAUAAUCAUCUAAAACACAACUCAUGCAUCUCUUUUGGUGAAACUUUGAAGGCUCAAAAUGGUGAGGGAGAGAGAUCUUAUCCCCGAUUCAGAAGACAACAAUCUUGUCACAUUGAUCUCAGUUUCAGCAGUGGGAAUCAUCAGAAAGUCGAUCAAGAACCAAACUUGGAUUGUCUCAAGAGUAGAGAAGAUGAUAAAGAAGUGAAAAUCACGCUCGGUCUUGGUUAUUCAGCCUCAGAUUUGUGCAGGAGACAAGAUGUUUACAAGUGUUUGCAAGAAAAUGUGCCAUGGCAUUCGGAGAAAAUGCAUUUGGUUGUUGAGUUUUUGAUGAGUUUUUCGUCAUCGAAAGCUGUAAAGAGAGAUUUUUGGUUUUUGAUGGAGGGGAAUGACUCCAUAGGGAAGAGACGAUUGGCAAUGGCAAUUGCGGAGGCCAUAUUUGGGUCUAAAGAUUCGUUUUUGUGCUUUAACAUGAGGGGUUCCCUGAACAAAUGCCACAAUCUUGAAAGGGCGCUGAAAGAUAAAGAUGUGGUUGUUUUUGUUGAAGAUGCUGAUUUUGGAGAUGGGAAGUUUUUAAAAUCUUUAAGUGAUGGAUUUGAGAAGGGUAACUUCGGUGAAAACGGUCAUGUUAUAUUUGUUUUGAGCAAGAGUGAUCAUCUUGAGGAUGACAAAAGAAGCCGGAUUUCAACAACUCAACUGAAAUUGGUUGUGAACCAGAUGAAUCCAGCCACAGAAAUCGAUCAAAAGCGAAAGACAAAGUGGGAUACGGAUGAAUUAAGCAAGAGGAAAGUUCCAAGAAUAGAAGAGGACGAAAUCAAGAAAGACUUGUCUAGGCAAUCAAGCUCAAACACUCUUGAUCUCAAUGUCAAAGCUGAGGCUGAUCAACACGACGAAAAUGAAGACACACUAGAAUUCAGUCCUAAUUCAAGCGAUUUGACCCGUGAAAUGGAUGGUAGUCCACGAAAUCCACUUGGGUUUCUUGAGACGGUGAAAACCCGGUUCAUAUUUGACCGAUCUCCAGCUCGAGAUAGCUUGAUGAAAGAGAGCUUGAUGUUCAAGAUAAAAGGGGCAUUUGAGGAAGUGUUUGGCAGCAUAGAAUUUGAGUUGAAUGUGGAAGAAAUGGUGUUAGAAGAGGUUUUAUUUGGGUUUGGGUUAUACUUGAAUGGCUUAUUUGAGAAAUGGCUGAAAGAAGUUUUUCAAACAAGCUUGGAAAUGGUGAAAAGUGGGGGGACAGGAGUAAAAAGUUUAAAGGUGCGUUUGGUGAUAGAUGAAAAAGAUGGGGAUGGGGUUGGUAUACAAGAAAAAGAUGAGGGGUUCAUGGGUUCGAAUCUCCCUAACAAAAUCAAAAUAUGUUUUAUUAUGUAGGUUUAUCUCAC